AUGCUACUUCUACUCGCUGCUCUAUCCUGCAUUAUUCAACAUUCCUUUGGCUAUAACCUAGAGACUGAAUUACCAGUAAUUAGACGAGGUGAUACGGGGAGCUAUUUUGGAUUUUCUGUUGCCAGCCACUCGUAUGAGGAUCUUUUCACGACGAAGAGGAAUCAUUCUUGGUAGGAGUAUGGCUUUAUUUGGCCACCUUUCACGAGACGAACUUGUGAAUAAUUUUGAAAUAUUUGUCUGUUCUGCAGGAUUCUGGUCGGUGCCCCUAAAGGCAACAGUUCGGUUUUGCCGCAAAUUGAAAGUCCCGGAGUUGUAUACAAAUGCGAUUUUGCUACAUAUCCGCAGUGCUCAGAGCUGGAACUUGUCAAUAGAGGUAAGCUUCAUUCUCAGCUGACUUUGAAGUCCUCAAUAGCGUUUUGAAAUUAUAAUAGCUUCGUGUUAGCCCUUGCAGCGUUCCGAUGAAUUCCUUUUUGCGGUAGUCGUGGAAGUCACGGACAGACAAUUUUAGCUACGUGAUGUGUUAUGCACGCUUGCUAUGUCCUAAAUUCCAUCGGAAUUACCGUUGUCUUUUUUUUUCUAAGCCGGUGUCACUAAAUUUUAAACAAAAGGCAGUUUAGAGAGUAGAGUUUAUUGUAAUAUUUGAGCAAAUUCAUUCAAGCAUUCUUGUCUAAAUUGAUCAACAGUCUACUUUGAUCAGCUAUGGGAGAACCUGCUAAAGUAAUUCACUAUUGGGCUUGUACUUUAGAAAUGUCAAAGUUUGAAUCUGUCCUGUGAAACCUGCGUGGAAAGGGAAAUCUAGCAGGAUGAAGCUAUAAAACAGAUCUUUCGCUUUCCUUUAAUUCGAACCACUUUGAAUAUGUGGUCCGCGGUUUAUGUAAUGUGUACGAUGUUUUGAAAAUCGUGAUCCCCUAUGUCAAUAACGCUAACUAAAGAAGGUAAAAACAACUUAUGUCAAACAAAAGUGCCUUUCUCUCUUUAAAGUACCGUCAAUUUGACACUGUCAGUUAGUUUUUGACAUACAUGCGUCAACUGUUAGGCGUUUUAGCAGUUCUUUCUGUGCACAGAUGGAGAGAGCUUCCCAUUACUGUCGAUGACAAAAAAUUUUCCAAUCCCGUGAAUGAGGACUGCCUUUGUUUUCACGUGAGCUCACUAGGGAGCAGAUUAAUGACUUUUCUUCUAUUGUGCCAGCUGCGAAGAGCCGAUCGCUUGGAUGGAAAAUUGUAUGAGUAUUUACCGAAUGACUUUUGUGUUGCCUUUUCUUUUAGUAAACAAAGGAAAACACAGCUGACAUCUUAUCGUCAUUUCUGCCACUGUUAGAACAAUAUCGAUUAUACUGAUAUUGUUAAAUAAAUUUAUUUUUGCGGCUUCAUGCGAGGCAGCUGCUUGCGGUGGUGAAGCAAAGUUUGCAUUUUUAAGCGAAUUUAUGCAUGGCUCGCAGCCCAUCUUUAAUUUUUAUGCUAAAGACUUCUUAGAGUCAUCGUCUCGUAUUGAUGUUUUUCCUUUCGUAGGUUGAAUAAUAUUAGUCUAGGUCGAUUGCCAAGAAUUUUCUAGUAUCAUUUUAGCCUCACACCAUCAAUAAAACAAACUAAUAACGUAAUGACUCAUUCGUAAGGUUGGAACAUUAUUUUUAGAAAGUUCAAAAAAUCAUAUUUCCCUAAUGGACUUUUUAAUCAAAAUAGAUCGCGAAUUUCCUACAUUUGCAAUGGUAGACAGCCAGAAAUUAGGCUUUUAUGGCCCAUUAUCGUUUCUGCUAAUGGAAAAAUCGUUUUAUCUCUUUGUGAGAGAGUAUUUUUUGUUUGGAUGGUUUGCUUUCACGCUUACUUCAUUAACUUCUGCCCCCCUUAAACGCUUUUUCGCCAUCGUGAAUUUAUUUUGAAUGUUCGUGAGAUAAGUAUCACUGCCUUAAUAGGGGAGCUUAUAUUUCUGACCAAUCAUAGAUUCACGUUUUCGUUGCUGAUGUAAAUACAUUUACCUGUACUGCAAAAAUAUUAUCCACUGUCAACGGGGAAUGUAUAAAGUGGAAAAAAAAAUUAUCCUGUCUAGAUAUUGCAUUUAAAUGAUCUCAGCUGGUUACGUGAGUGCCUCAAUUUCAUCAGACUCAUCAUUUUUAAGGCAAAUAUUUAUUUUGUAAGAAGGGAACAAACGAAAUGAAAGAACAAAAAAAAAGCUUUGGAUAUAAGUUUGAUUUGUCUGUUUGGAGUAUUUUAUCUGUUUUGUGGCUAUUUCUGCUGAUUUCUUUUCAUCCCAAGUUUCAUUUGCUUUCAUUCAUUAUUAAUCUCAUCAUCUCUUUCUUUUUAUCAUCUUUAAUACCAAUGUACACAGUUUUUUUAUCACAAAGAGUAUAUCACUUGAGUUUGAUUAAGUUUGACUUUCUUAAUUAUGCCAGUCAGAUAUGAUGUGGAUAUCAAGUCUAUAAUGCCUGAAGGGGAAUAUUUAUUGUUGUUCGUGAUGACCUCUGUUUUUUUUUUUUCUCACUUAUCACUUUGAUUUGGUAUCCCAGCAUGGGUCAAUCACCCUACUGGGAUUUGAUAGGGGAAUCACCUGGAUUACCCUUAUUAACAAUAUAAUUACCAUUAUUUUCCCACUGGGUGGUAUGUAAGGAAGGGACUUUCUGAAAGUGAAUAUUUGACUUUGUUGGGGGUAAUCUCUGAGUUAAGUUUCUCAAUUACAGUACAGGAUAUUAAAAAUUUCAGUGUAUUUCAAGUGAAGAAUGUAUGAUGGAUUCAUUUGGAUAGUUUUAGAAAUUGGUCAGUUUUAAAUGUAGAAUUGUGUGGAAAUUUUUUUCAUCCUCUUGAUGGCUUGGCUUUUUAAUUUUUUAUUAAAACUUGCUUGGGAUAUUUUGAAUUUUCAGUCAGAAAAAAUGUUACUGCAGUUUCCAUCCAGCUUUAUUAGGGUUUCAAGCUCCAAUUACUUUUGAGUCAGGAUUUUUACCUAAAUGAAAUAUAAGUCACUAAGAAUAAAUAACAAUAUUUGGGACACUUGUGCAAUGUGUCAUAACAUAGAUACUGUGGCCUUCACCACUUAGCUCAAUAGAACAUAGCUAAUUACAUUUCUAUAAAUAGAAGUGGCAAAAAUUUGCAAAAUUCAUAACAGAGUAAGAAGCCAUAUUGUUUUUUCACUUGCCAUGGCAACCAAAAGGGGACCCCUUGGAAUUCUUUGUAUAUAUUGUGAUUCUGAUUUGCAUCUUGUAGAGUUCAAUGUUUUUUGCUUUGUAGACAUACAUUUAUUCCUUUCACAUGGGUAGCAAAAUGGAAAUGGGGGAGGCUCGGUUCUGGUUGAGAAAAGGAGAGCUUUGGUUUGGGUUGUGUAAUGUCCCCUCAACCCAAAUCUUCCUUUCUUUCUGGACCUGAUAUUAGUCUCUAGCUCCAUUGCUGCUAUCAUGCUUUUAAUUUUGCUAUUGCACUCUAUUUUGCUAGCUGUACUCCUGAGAUAGGCUAGGUGACUGACUGGUUGACUGGUUGACUUAAUACCUGACUGUUUGACUGAUAGUCUAGUUUAUGGUAAUGAAAAACUAACCAAAUGAGUCAUUUAUUGUCUCAAAUUAAUAUGACUCAUUUUUGAUUAACUGAACAAUGAUCUGAAUGAGUUACUGGCAUUCCAAUGUACUGACUGACUGUCUGACAAUCUGACAGACUCACUGCUUAACUGACUGAUCAAUAAUCUGAUUAGCAGAUUUACUGACCAUUGGUUGACUGACUUACUGAUUAGCUGACUGAAUGAUGAUGUAGCUAGCUGACUGACUGACUGAAUGACCGACUAAGUUGAUAAUGUAAAUUGGCUGCAGUAAAAAGUUUCAAAGCUGACGUUUCGAGUGUUAGCCCUUGGUCAGAUAGAAUAGAGGAACACACAACCCACAAUUCCUAUAUUUGCUCUGUCAAAGGGCUAAUGCUUGAAACAUCAGCUUUGAAACGCUUAACAGUGGCCAAUUUACAGUUGAUAAUGCUAAAUUACCCAGUUAUAAUCUCCCACUGAUGCAGCACCACACUUUCUUUAGAAACUUACCCCCUCUAUUCAUUUGAAUGAUUGACGGAAUGAGUAAGGGGGUAAGUUCCCAAAGAAACUGUGGUGCUGCGUCCCCCACUGGGAGAAUAUAACAGGGUAAUUUAGUAGUAUCAACUGAGUUAUUAACAUAAAUUGGCUACCAUAAAGAGUUUCAAAGCUUUGAAUCUUUCAAAGAAAUCAAACAUACACUUUUUUGGAUUGUUAGGGUAUUUUUUUAAACCCAUUUUUUUAAUUGAUAUUUUAAUAUACAGAAUAAAGAUAUAUAUAUUUUUCAAAGGAUGCCAGCUUUCCUUGGGAAGAUAAAUUUGUUCCUUAUUUCAUGUUUUGCAGGAAAUCAAAAUGGAGAUAGGAAAGAAAAUGGUUGGUUUGGAGUUUCUGUCAUGAGUGAAGGACAUGAUGCUGAUGUUGUGGUAAGCAAGAUAAAUCUGCUAAAUGGCAAUUUGGUAUUUCUUGGCUGAAAUUCUCAUUUUACAUCCAUACAAAGGGACUUACCCCUAGCAGUAGGUACUUUUGAGGUAAAAAAUUGCCUGAAUGUUAAAAAAGAGGUCCAUGCAUGUGGGAUUGGAGGAAGAUGAUGUCACAACCAAGAAUACCAAUCUUUUGUGCUGAUUGGUUACAUGAGUGGGUUAUCUUCUUUGCUUGAGAUUGCUCACUUUGUGAUUGUUUAAAAAAAAAUACUCACUAAAAUUUGGCUUUUUGGCUGUGAAGUAAAUCCUACAGAUACUCUAGCUAUACUGGAAGAGACAGAAUUUAGGAGAAAUUGAAAAACCUUUUUAAUGAUAUCCUCAAAGGUAGUUGAAGUUUUGCUCAAAAAUUUGUCACUUACCAAGAAACCACUCCUCCAAGCCUUGAAUGAUUACUUCUCUGAACCUUAAAAAGGUUUGAAAAGGUUGUUGUUGCUCUUUCAAAAAAGGUCUCUAGUCAAGAGCAUUUUACAUACAUAUUUUAUAAAUAACUUCUAGGCAUGCUCUCAUCGACUACUUCAUAUAGAAGGCUCCUUCUAUACCUACCCUGGUCGUUGCAUAAGGGCACCAAUUGAUGAUGGAGAUGUGGGAAGGAGGAAAACAUUAGACUAUUGUGAAUCAAGGAAUCAAAGUAGGUUCAUUUGUUUUAAACCUUUAACUCCUAAGAUCUGAUUGUUAAUUCUCCCCUCUAACUGCUAAAGAUUUCCAUGUAAAUAAGUUAUGAGAAUUUGGUGUCAGACCAAGACUUAUCGACCCAAUAAGUUUGAAUAUUCUUAUGACCUGUUUGCUGGAUAAUGUUUAGAUAUUAUAGGGAGAAGUUACUUGUUAAUCACUUCAUGAAGUUAAAGGGUGAAGGUUAAACUCCCCCCUACAGAACUAAUACAUAAUUUAAAUGUUAUGUUCAUACCAUCAUUUGUUUCCAGUUAAUGAAUGAAACAAUGUAACAUAGUUUCUUCCUAUGGUGUCAGAGCAGUUUCCAAGUUGAUGAGAAUGGCAAACUUAUUAUUGAGAUGGAAUUUUCAUGAUUCAGCAAUAAAUUCUCAUCAACUACUCUACAAGGAAAUUAUGUUUCUUUGAAAGGUGAAUCAGGAGAGAGCUUAGUAAUUUAAAUGUCUUCAACAAGUCACAUACGUUGUUCAACUGCAGCUAAUAAGGAUAUUGUUCAGUUGCUUUGCAAUUAUAGUUGGUGAGAUUUGUCACUUUUUAAUGGGCACCCUUGAUUCUUGAAUUGGUUUGAACUCCUGUUGGGUCAUAAUGUUGUGUUCUGGAGCAGAGCAGGUAACACUCACAAUGCCUCUCUCUGCUCAGAGGUGUAAUGUCUAUGAGUUGCAGCAAACUGCUACUGUGAGUAAUUGUCUUGGAAAUUCAACCAUCCCCCAUUGUGCAUUGGUGAAUUAUUAUUGAAAAUUUUUUUUGCAUUCAUCUCUGUACAGAUCAGGCAAAUCAAGGAGGUUCAACCACAAUAAAUUUCAAAGAUCACAAAUAUUGUCAAAUGGGAGUUUCCCUUGCCCACUUAAAGGUGAGAUUUUAUUGCAAACCAUAAACAGCCACAAGAAGUUGAAAUGUUAUCUCACAUGGCUUUUGAUCUUUUUUUCUUUUUUUUUUUUUUGGGACCACAUACCUCCAUACUUACCCCAUACCUUCCCCUCUCCUAUACAUUUGCUUAUUCUAUAAUAAUUGUUUCUGUUUCCUUCCUCUUUACUUUCAUUUCUUUAAUCCACAAAUCCCUUCUUUCCUCUUUGUUCAUUUUCUGCCCUCCUCUUCUUCCAUGAUUUGCAUCCUUUGAUUUACUCAGCAUUUUUUCUUCCUCCCUUCCAACCUCGCUUUUUUCCUUCCUCUCUCCUACAACAUCUUCCUUAUAUUCACAUAAGUUCAGUAUUAAGCAAUUUUUGGAUGAAGUUGAGCAUGAUAUCAUGACUUAUCAAAAUCAAGGUCUGAGUCAUUUGCCAAAGCAUCAGGCUGAAAACUGAAUUCAAUAAUUGUUUUAUUAUACACUUUUUGACAAUCUGCGAAAGAAGACACUUUUUUCUGAGUUUGAAAGAGUUUGAGAACACAGGCAAGAGACUUGGAAACUAGGCAGAUUUUGAACUUGUUAAAUGCAAUAUUUGCUGUAGAUAAUGAAUUUAUCGUGUCAACUUUUCAAGCUAUUUUAUAUUGAUUGAAUGUUCUUGACCAAUCAGAUUUUUCUUUGUAAGUCUAAUGUAUAACAACUUUUGUUACUCUCAAUGCAGUUCAUUUCUGUCAGAGCUGUUAAUGUUGUAGAAGUUUUAGAAUAUUGCCUUUAAAAAAAAAACAACAACAUCAUUAACUACUACAUAUUUAUUUAGUUAUUCCUCAUGUUUUCUUUUGUUGCCACAGGCUGAUAAUGUGCAGCUGAGUGAAAAUGUGCCGCUGGUAGGGGCUCCUGGAGUGUAUAACUAUCAAGGUUUGGCACUUUGUUGUAAAUUACAUUCUUUGCCUGAGAAAUAAUCAUGUGACCAAUAUUCAAGCACAAGGAACUUUGUGCUUGGGUCAUACUAUUUUGCACUUCUUAUUUGCACAGUUUCAUGUUAAAACUGACAACCUUUAUUCAUUACAAAAUCAUUAUAAUUUAUACAAAGUAGGAUGCUCGCACUCAUGCUAAUUGCAUAGUUGUGCAUGCUAUGCGAGUGUGAAGGUGACAGUAACAUUGUGCAACACACUCAAGCUUUUCGUCAAUGCUAGCCUGCUCCAAACCAAUUUAUUUAAAAAAAAAGAACGAAAAAAAGAAAGAAAAUGAUGACAGUGAGAGAAAGUCCGUAUUUCUUUUUUGUUUGUCUCUUGUUUCAGGGGAAUUUAUUUAUCACAGUAGAGAACAGAAGGAAGUCUACAAAGAUAACAGUCCAUAUGGAUAUCAAGGUAUAUUUAUUUCUGGAUUAAUUUCUUCAAGUUAACAAUUUAGGUGGGAAAGCCAUAUAAUAAACUACUUACUAGCCUUGCUUGUUCAAGCCGUACAGAGAAAAAUUGGCCCUCUGUUGUUGUUUUUUUUUUUACAGACCUCAUUACACUUAGUCCAGAGUGUUAUGACCUUAGGCCAAUAAUUCUCAGUAUGACCCUUAUGGGCUUGGUUAGUAAGAAGUUAACCCUUUAAUUCCUGUCUCAAAUUUGUAAUUCUCCUUACUGUCAACCAUACAAUGCUUAUAAUGUUAGUUCAGAGGAUUUAGUAUUGGAUCAACUAAUUAUCCCCAAAUUGAUAUUUUUCUUUAUUGAUACUGUAAGGAGAAAUUCUGUCUUGGUCACUCAUGGGAGUUAAAGGGUUAAUAUUUAUCUUAAUUAAGCAGGGACAAUUUUCUCCUGGUCCAUGGUUAGCCAAUGCUAGUCUAGACAGACAAGUUUAAAGAAUCUUACUUCAAAGAAUUAUUUCAACAAUUCCUUUCAAUUGUAAAAAAUGAUAAACCAAAGCUGAUAUCUUAUCUUUGUUGUUACUUCAUGAUCUUAUUAUUCACCAAGCUCAAGAAGAAGCAAAAUUUAAAAAAAAAAUUGUUAUCCAAGACACCACAAUAAUUAUAUCUUUGCAGGUUAUGCACUUGCUCAGGGAAGCUUUUUUAAAAAAGGUGCAAAUGGUAAGUCCAUCUCACUCCUUCAUCUAAGCACAAUGUACAUUUUGCAUUCAUCUUUUAUGAUAUAAUAAUAAUAAUUUACAUUUCUAAAGCGCCAAAAUUUAAAAAAUAUUCUAAAGUGCUUUACAAAAUAUUCUAUAAAAAUAUUGACAUUAACUAUCUCUCCUGUCAAUAAGUGGGACAUUAGAGUUAAUUAUUUGAGCUGAUUUAUUGACACACUGAGUUAAAGUCAACAAAUGAAGUGUCAUUAAUCUAUCUUCCUCUACAAUACAAUGAUGCUCCAAGCACGUGGUUGCCAUGGCAAGUGAAAAAAUGUAUUUGUUGUUGUUGUUGUUUUUCUUCAUGGUGACUAACCUGUUAAUUUUGCAGAACAUUUUGUGAUUUAAUGUUGCCAAUGGCUGAGUUCGUUAAAUAAAUCAAAACAUAUGGUAACCACUGAAAAGCUGAAUUUUCCAAUUUUUCAUCUAAGUGAUCCAAUUAUAGUGAUCAUCUACUCUUGAGUUAUGAAUUUCUCAAAAUUAGCCAUACCACUUAUCUUUAACUUCAUAGUUUGUUUUAUUUUUUUCAGAUGUUGCCUCUGGUGCACCUAGAUUUGACCACCAUGGCAUGGUAAGAUAACUUCUUUUAUAAAGAAAUCAAUAAAGUUAUUGUUAAUUUCAUUCUUAAGGGAAUUUAUAAAAAUAUGUGGAGUAUUUCUGGGUGAUGAGUCCACUGCUUAAUGUGUACUAGUAUUGUUAAUAAGGAUUCAGCAAUCAAACUGUGUCAUGAUUUGUAUUUGUAUUUGGUGAACACAUUGUUUGCAUUUUGUCUUAAAAAUAGUUUGGUUGAAGUAAGAUUUUAUAAGUCAGGAGAUUAGGAGGUACUAUGUCCAGAAUGUCGUUGCAAUUUAAUGCUUGGGAUUCAAUCUACCCUGAGCUUUGAAAUGACUGGAAUUUUGAGAAAACCAGGGUUUUAGUCAAUGUUCUUGUUGGCCAUUUUAUUUGCUAAAUCUUCCUGCAACAACCCAUUGAUUAAAUUUCAUCACUCAAUAUAUUACCAGUCAAUUGAUGUCAUUAUGAAUUUGUCAGUUGAUUUAAUUGUUAAUUCAUUUUUGAUUGUAAGGUGGCAGUGUUCAGAAACUUAGGAUCAGGAAAUUUCCAAAAAGAUCCCACUCUUCUCUUGCCUCCAGUUGAAGAUGGUGCAAAGGGCAGUAGGCAACCUGGAACUGGAUUUGGGAUUGCUCUGUGUGCUGAGGACCUCGACAACGAUGGGUGAGAGAUUUGUUUCAUGAUUUUGCCAUAACAGGCGAAAGCUAAUAUCUCUUUGCACCCUAACAUCAUUUUACAUAUUCUCCAUUCUGUUCUCUAUACAUUUCCUGAGGUGCUGACAAGGAGAAUUUGUUCUCAAUCAAGAGCUUCUUUAGUUGUUUAUCAUUUCCUUUAUUCUCCUGACCUUAUUGUAUGAUUUAGAGGUGAUAUUGUAAGGAGAAAUUAGAUGCUAAUCACUCUUAGGGGUCAGAGGGUUGAAAGUUACUAGUUCCCUGUAAAAGAACAUGUAAAUUUAACCCUCCAUUCAAAGCAUAUCCUUUACAGCUCUUUGGUUUUGCCUGCCCUUCAAAAACUGUCACUUGAAUUUUAGUAAAAUAAUUCAAAAUAGAAAAUUUAUCUUGUUACCACAAUGUCACUUAUUACUUUGAAUUACUCUGCAUUCUUUUUCAGACUUUCAGAACUUUUAGUUGGUGCACCUUUCUAUUCUGAUGAUUUAUACCCUGAGCAAGGAAGGGUGUAUGUGUAUGAAAAUAAAGGAAAUGGAAAUUUGGUUCUUUCUCACAAACUGCCCACAGGUGGAAGGAAGGAUCGCUGGAGAGCAAAUUUUGGACGUGCACUUGCUUCUGUUGGUGAUAUUGAUCUUGAUGGAUAUCAAGGUAUGGGUAACCUUCUAACAUCUGAUAAGAAAUUCUCCCUUCUUGCUAUUAUACUAUUUCUUGUAAAUUAGUUCAGAGAAUUAAACUCACUAUUACUCGUCAGAUUGUGUGUUCUUAUCACUUAGUUGCACAAAUAAUAAUUCUUUGAUAUAAAUUAUUGUAAGGAGAAGUACCAUAUACAUGAUUUAUUUCUUGUGGAAGGCAUGUUACAAUGGAAGUUCAUUUGACUGUUAACUCACAACAUAAUCUUUAAAUGAUUUUUCUACAAGAUGUUGCUGUUGGGGCUCCAUAUGAGGAUAGUGGCGAGGGCAUAGUUUACAUCUACAGAGGCUCAGAAAAAGGCCUUGUUGAAACACCAAUGCAGGUGUGUGUGGUGGUCAUUACAAGUCAUUGAAAGUUCAUAUUUAAGUUAAGCAGCAAAAUGGUCUUAAUAGUAAAAUUAUAACUGAAUGGGGGGCCUGAAAUUGGCAAAAAGCUGAUUAUUUUUAACUUCAAAUAAAUAAAGGGGGUAAGUUUCUAGUCAGAGCAACUGUGGUGCUGUGUUAGUGGGAGAGUAUAACAAAGUAGUUUGGUAGUAUCAACUGUGUUGAUAACAUCAAUUGGCCACUGUAAAGAUUUUCAGCUUUUAAACUCUUAACAGUCAGUGGCCAAUUUACAUUAUCAACUCAGUUGAUAGUACCAAAAAAUACCAUUUCAAACUUCAACAGGAUUUUCCCAUACUGUCGCAAUGCUCAACCAACAUAAAUUCAAAACAAACAAAACAAACCCUUGGAACCAGUUCAAAAUAGUUGUUACAGUCACUGUGGUCUUAGGCUUUUUAGGGAUAAUUUUUUCCCCUAUUUUAGCAUCCAUGCACUGUUUGAAGAAGACAUUAAUGGCACUCUAAAGAGAGGGUAUUCAAGGGUGUAAAAGUAACAGCAUUGAUUACCAACCAAAUUAUUGCCUACAUCACAAUGUUACUUUCUUUUUUUCUUGGUUACAUGUAGGUUAUCAAAGGUUCUUCUGUGUCAGCAGGUAUUCAGUCAUUCGGAUAUUCUGUUUCUGGAAUACUUGACUUGGAUACCAAUGGCUACCCAGGUGAGGCUCUGGACUUUUGUUACAAUUGAUUGAUUGUGUCGGCUUUGCAUUUUACUUUAUCCUGAAUACCAGUUUUAGUUGGAAAUAAAUUUCCAGUCAAAAUAAUUUCAAACUAGUUUGUAAUUUUUUUUUAGUUGCCUCUUUUCUCUGUAUGUCACCAUGAUCAUGGUUGUUUGUGAAAAGAGAAAGAAUGAAAACACAAAUUUAAUAAGUUUUAAAUUUUUUUAUGUAUAUGCACAUGUUUAUGCAAUUAUGAAAGUUGGUUCUUUCAGUGAGGAGAAUGGCAAAAAAAGAUGACGUGGACCUGCUAAGAUUACAAUUAUAAAAAACACUUAGUACUAAGUAAAGAAAAUUAAAUUUUUAAAAAGAUAGGAACUGAAUUGAAUUAUCAUCAUUUAGAAAAUACAAUCAAUGGUGUCAGGAUAAUAAAAAUAUGGUUGUAUGAAAUCCUGUGAUUUUAAUGCCAUUUUAUUUUCUCUAUGAAAAGAAAAGGUAGUUUAGGUCAGUGUAGUUUCUUGAUGAUGGUCUUAAAACCAGUGAGAGGUUUCAGGGCAUCAAAACAAUUCACUAAAAUUGAAUUUUGUGUAUUCGUGUUCCAGAUGUUGUCAUCGGAGCUUAUCAAUCAGAUACUGCAGUUCUUCUCAGGUAUGUCAAUAAAGGGUGUGAUCCCAGAUAUUUUUAUUAAUGUUGGUUAUCUUAGACAUUUGGUGAUCUCAAAUUCAGUUCCCCAGCACCUAUUGAAGUUGUUCCAAAAAAGAUAUUCACUGAUAUUUUUUUUUUUGCUACAGGGCAAAACCUGUCAUUUCGAUGUCGUCAACAAUCACAAUAAGCCCAGACACAUUUGACAUCAAGGGCCGUAAGACCUGCAACGAAACUGAACGGGAAGGAAAUAAACAAUUUGCUACAUCAUGGUAAGACUACACUUUGAGAUAAACUCUUCUUAUAAAUGAGCCCUAGCUCUGAACAUUGUGAAAUGGUUAACAGUCACGCCAGGAAAAGCUUGUAUACACACUAUUAAUAUUAACCUGAUAGAUUAAUAAAGUUAGUCAUUGCUACAGUUCAUUUUGUAUGUGUUGAACAGUUACUUUCAAUAUUCCUUAACCCUUUAACUCUCAGAAGUGAUUAACAUAAAACUUCUCUCUAUAAUAUCUAUACAAUAUUCAGCAAACAGGUAAUGAGAAUAUUCAAACUUAUCAGGUAGAAGCUGCAGCUAUCUUGAUCUGGCACCAAGUUCUCAUAACUAAUUUACAAGGAAAUGUGUAGCAGCUAGAAGGGAGAAUUAACAAUCAGAUCUUGGGAGUUAAAGGGUUAAAGAGUCUUCUAUUUCUUUUCUCUUUUUAUAAUCAGCUUUGACAUUAAAGUUUGUACAAAAUAUACUGAGAGAUCAGGAAAAGUGAAAGAAAAAAUAGGUGAGUUAGUUAGGCUGAAUAUUGUGAAAAAUUAAAGUUAUAGUUUGAGUUUGAGUUAUGAGCCUUUGUGUUGGAACCUUCCUCAGAAGGGGUAUUGUGCCUUGUAAUUGGGCAAAAUAAUUUGAUCUCACCAUGCUACUCUCAUGUUAGGGUAUAUUAAAUCAAUACCAGUGGUUGGUCAUAAAUCCCUAGAAAUGCAGGUGUAGGAAGGGGGAUAACCUUUCAUUGGUUAUAACAAGUAUUCUAUCCAGGAAAAGUGUCACUGCAUUUUCUUUUUUUUUUUUUUCCUUUGUUUUAUCAUGAACUUCAACAUCUCCAGGAUUUUUAACAAGGAGAAACAUUAAAUUGAAAGUGUUCACACAAACCAGCAUAUAACCAUGAUUGAGUAUUUACAUUUCCCAACUGUUUGGAAUACACAAGAGUAGGAAUGUUUUGCAUUACUGUUUUAAGUCAUUUUAACCGGAGAUUUAGCCCUUUUCCUGAAAAGUAAGUUGUUCCCAACAUCAGCUAUUCUGUGCAGUGUCAGGGAAGGCAAGUAUGAACUACUUGUUAUGAUGUAUUUAAGGUAAGCAUGAAAACUUUUGUUUCUUCAGGUGUACUUCUAACUAUGAAGUCUGACACAGAUCCUGAGUGGGAAGCAGACUCAAGAGUUUUGUUCCAAAAGAAUCAGAAAAACGAAAUUAAUCGAACGGAGCUAAUAGGUGGCAAUGAUACUUGCUUUUUCUGGUUUGCUUAUAUAAGGGUGAGUAACUUUUUUUUUUAAUAUCUUUUUUUUCAGAUGUUUUUGAGAACUGUAUUGUGGUGCGACCUUGAAAAGGGCCACAAAGACCAGAUAUUUGCUUGUGUCAACAGUGGACUUAUCUUGCUUGAUAUUAAAAGCUUAUGUUAGAUCUCACUUUGGUUUUCAGGAAGGGGUGACAGAUGCAGAUGUUUAUCCUGACAUCCAGUUUACACUGACUUAUCAGAUUGUGAAGGAACCAACACCAAAUGUCAGUGACCCUACAGAUGUACCCUCACUUGUCCCAUUUGCAGUUUUUGAUCCUUUGAAGCCACAGCAAGUCACCGCAGUUGUAAGGAAUCUUUUGCUCUUUGGGUCAUGAACAACUUCUUUGGAUGAAGGGAGGAGUUAUUGAGUGUUUUGGGGGCAGGAAAAAUUACAGGAUUGAAGGAAAUAUUAAUCUCUGGCUGUGUGGGUCAAUUAUGGCCUGUCUUUUGAGGUUACUUUUACACUUUGUGUCGCUAGGUUAGGUCUGUAUGCAGUGAAAGUUUGUUUCAGGUCUGUAUUAUUAGUGACAGAGAGAUUGAAUUGUUUCAUUUGAAACUUGAUGACAAAAUGGAGUUUUCUAUGUUCUUGAAGUCUUAAAAUUGGAAGAUAUUGGUGAAAAAAAGAAAGAGAGCUUUAGGUCUAGGUUCAGGUUGUCUCUUGAGUUAUUAUCAGAAGAGGCUUGUGUAAGUUCCCUUGUAUUCAGCUAUUCUAUGCAACCUUGGUUUUAUAUGCAUUUUUAUUGAUUAAGUUCCAUACAAGAAAAAUGCAAAAAAGAUGGAGACCAUUAUUCACGGUUUACGGACAACUCGCCGACGGACCAACUCGCCGACACCAACUCGCCGACGUAUAAAAUCGAGUAGAGACGUCGAUUUGAAAACUUAUUAGAAGCUGAAAAUUAAACAAUUUAGUAAAAAAAACAUUGACAGAAAAUUUAGAACAAUGCGCUUCGUAAGCACGAAAAACUGAAUAAUCUCCUCCCACAAUUUUUUAGGGAGCUGAGAUUUUUUCGCAUCGUUUUGUCCUGCUUGUUUUUUUUUUUUUUUUUGCUCAACAGGUUACGUGUAUAUUCGUCAUUGACGCUGUCAGAUUCAUCUUCCAAAUUACUGGGCAAUCAAAUUUCGGAAGAAAUUGGUUUUUUUCUCCGAAAGAAAAAAAAAAAAAAAAAUUCGUAACUUCUCCAUUGUGAGACUUGUAUCACACCCUCGUCUUGCCGCGCGUUUGAUUGAAAACUAGAAAACAGCUGUGCGCCAGCGCCUGCUCUCUCCGAAAAUUUGGAGAAGCUGUUGAUAGCUCCUUACUUUUAACAAAGAUUGUUAGAAUCUGCUGUAAAACUCUGAUAGUUUUAAUGGGAGAGACUUGCUUUUAAGCAAGACCUGCUUUUUUUUUUUUUUCAAAAGUAAAUAAAAACCUUGCACCUUCUUCGUUGAAGACUUGUGAGUGAAAAAAUAUCACACCCUCAUCUUGCCACGCAUUUGAUUGAAAACGAAAAUAACUCAAAUACAUGCUCUUGCAAAAACUAGAAAUCAUUGCUUUGAUCAGUGUAUCUUGUAUUAUCAACAUAGUUACUAUUUGCAACCUUGGUUUUAUAUGCAUUUUUGAAAACAGCUGUAUUAUUCAGGCUCUCCAGACAUUUUGACUAAAUAAAAAAGACCGAUUGAAAUGAGUCUUUACGGUGUUGUUGUCAGACAAUAUUACCUUUUAAAUCCCAUGAGUGACCAAGACAGAAUUUCUCCUAACAAUAUCAAGACAAUAUAAGGCAGACAAGUGCUGAGAAAAACUUAAGGAAAAUAUUAAUUAGGGGAUUAUUAGUUGAUUCAAUAACAAAUUCUCCACACUUACAUCGCAAGAAGUGUAUGAUAGACAGUAAGGAGACCUGGGAUUUCAUGGGUCAAAAAAUUGCCAAAUACAUUCACCAAUUAAAAGUUUUCCUUUGUUUUGAGGUAGAGAUGCACUUGUGACUUAGUUGUUGCCAGAAAAGCAUUUUUUUUGGAGGAAAUAAAAAUAAAUGUUCCUAGAAGCUAGUCACUGUAAACUUGCACCAGGCAAUUUUUUUCUUUUUGCAUAAUUAAAGCUUUUCUUGUUGAAUAGGCCCAUCAUGCCUGCUUGUACACCCAAUGAGAACACUGCCGUUGUUUUGUCUUUCUGGCUUGCAAAGCCAGCCAUUCAUAAUUUCAAAAUUUAAGUUCCUACAUGUAUAUAAUCAGUGUUGAAAUACAUAUUGAUAUCAACAUUUUAUUUCCUUUUUGACACCAUAGAACACUUGCUGUUGGUGCUAAAAACUACAAGUUGGCAGUUACAGUAAAGAAUGAAGGAGAUGAUGCUUACAACGCAAAGUUGUUUGUAACAAUCCCUAAAGGAAUAAAAAUAGGAAAAAUCUUCAGUGUUGAUAAAGAAGUAAGCUGUUUGGCUCUUUCAGCCCUAAAAGUGCCUAGCGUCUAGUUUUCCUUACAGUAUCACCCCUGAAUCAUGCAUUAAGCUCCCAAGAAUAAACCCUAGAUUGAUAAACAAAUUCUCCUUGUCAGCACCUUGGAAAUAUAUAGAGAACAGUAUGGAGAAUACACAUACUGAUGUUUGGGUGUAAAGGAUUUUAAGAUUACAUAAACACUUAUCAUUUGCUCUGACAAAGGGCUGACACUUGAAAUCGUCAACUUUGGAACUCUUAUGUCUUGAUGGCCAAUUUAUGUUUUCUACUCUGACUGUUGAUAAUACUAAAUUACCUUGUUACACUCUCCCAAUGACACAGCACCACAGUUUCUUUAGAAACUUACCCCCUUUAAGCACUUAUCAGUGGAUAUGCUUGUUUUCUUUCAAGAUAUUUAAAGGAAAAGCUGUUGAAAUAACAACACUGGCCUCUAAUGACACCUUUGUGACUGUUAAGCUGAAUACUCCCUUCAAGAAGAAAGAGGUAUGGUGAUACUCAGUAUGCCGUGUGUCAGAUAUGAUCUUGACUAAACCAUUUAUUGUAGAGCUAUUUGGUGGUUUCCUUUGUUAUCAACCAAUCUUCAGAAUCUAGUUCCCAUCUCAUGAAAUGGUAAUAAGUCUUGAUAAGAAGCUGAUUAGAUUUAUUUAAUAACUAACUUGUUCUCGGACCUAAGAUUUUUAUUGGUGAGCUUUAAGUUUUGAGGCUGCAGCCUUUGAAAAAUCAUGGGAAAAACAUGAGCUGAUGGAUGAAGAAUCAUAGGAUUAGACAUUUGGUGGGUGAUAGUAAUGGACACAGGUUUUUAUUUUAACAACUGUGGUUUAUUUGUGUUUCAGCAACCAAUUCAAAUUGAUUUAGACACCUCAAGAUACAGUGACACUCCAGAUUUCCUGCCAAUAUAUCUUAGCACAAACAGGUGAGAAGGACUCAACAUUGUUACUGUCAGUGUUUUUUCUAUAAAGAGUCUUUUUUUUGUGAUAAUUAUUGUGUCAAUAACAAAAUGCUCAAAUAUGAGUGGUUCUUAUCAGCUCUCAUUUUUUGGCUUGAUACAACACAUGCAAAAAUUUCAGCAUGCUCAUUGGCUCAGAACACAUCAAUUAACCACAAACAGUGCAGAAAGUUGAAAUUGAGAGUUAAAAGUUGAAAUAGUAACUUACUGACAGGUUGGGUGAAUUUUUAUUGUUUUCUGUGCAGUACAAAUGAAGAGGACAGCAACACGUUAGCUGACAACUAUCGCUUUUUGAAUAUAUCUAUCAAGUCACAGGCAGACUUGGAAAUUAAUGGGUAAGUUACAAUUAUCAUCAUCAUUAAAGAUGGUGUGAGGAAAUUCUCAUUUAUCGCUUGAAAGUAUAUAAUUAGAUAUGGAUAAGGAAACGCUACUUGUCAAUCUGAUUUGGUAAUUUAUUUAUUCAUGAUAAUCAUGUUUUUAUCUGUUACAGUACAACAGUUGAAGAACAAGUUGCCUAUGGAGGCAAGGUUGUUGGUGAAAGUGCCAUGGUUAAUGCAGAAGACAUUGGUAAUGAGGUCAUUCACAAGUAUUUUGUAAGUACCUUAAUAUGUUUUGUAGUUUCAUUCAUGUCAGAAAACUGACCAUGCACAUGACCCUUCAUGGGAAUGUUUAUUGUGGUAUGACUAACCAUUUGUAGGAUCAUUAAACAGCUGUGUUUAAUUCACAAGAAUUUUAAUUUUUUCAUAUUUUUCUAUUGACCAUUAUUCAGUGAUCAUUGGUGUGGAGUAGAUUUCAGAAGCUGUAUCUUUCUCUCACUUGUGCUUUGUAAAUAGGAGAGUUUUUUUCCCUCUCUGGUUUUGUGUCAUGCAAUUCGCGUCUCUCCCCAGAAAACUGAAUACAUUUGAUGAUAUCAAAGGAACAGGCUAAGCAGAAAACUGGGAGCAAAUGUAAAAACUGGGUGCACAUGUAAAAACUAUAUGCAUAUGUAAAAACUGGAUGCACAUGUAAAGCUCUUCUUUAACUGCUCUGAUUGUUCCAUGUUUAAGAAUAAAAAUUUUCUCUUCUUUCCUAUUUUCUGUUCAAAGGAUCCUUGUACAAUUUUUUUGUUUGUUUCUAUGUUAACCAUCUGUUCAACUUACUGGUCAUAAUUUUAUUAGAAGCAGUUUGAUUAUUCAAUAUCUAUAACUUGAAUUUAUUUUAGGUGAAAAAUCGUGGUCCAGAUCCAGUUCCCCACACUGAAGUAAUAAUAGAAUGGCCUUUUGAAGCACCAAGUGGGAAACAUUUACUUUACCUCAUGAAUGUUAAGGUAAAUGUUUUCUACCUCAUUUUUUCUCAUUUAAGACUACUCACAUUAAUGUUUGUAGUCAGUGGGUCUUCAGCUAUUGAUCGCUUUUAAUUAGUCUUAAGAAUUAUUACUGCUCAUCUAUCGACCAUUCCUUCCUCCACCUCACCUUCCAGCAUUUGAUCAGGUUUCCCUGACAGGUUCCUGGCAGAGAGAGACCCUGAUAUAGUGAAGUGUUUCAUCCAAGACUACAUCUCAAUAACACUGGGUCGGGUCGUUCGAAAGGGGGUCAACAUCAAUGGAUUAACAGUUAACCUUGGCUUUAGUUGCUUGUGUAGAAGAGUGCAGGUUUUUUCAGGAUUAUAUCUUAGUAUGAAUUGAAACUAACAGGAAAAAACAUACAAAAGAAAAAUCCCUUUGCAAAGGUAUUAAAUUCAAUUAAAAGUUUACACUAAUCCUGUGUAAGAUUAAUUGUGUUUUGAACAACCCAGUGGUGGUCAUGCCCUAUGGUAACCUUCUGUCAUCAUGUCUCCUUAACUCAAGCUAGUAGAGGUGGUUUAAUGUUGUCAUGGUAUUUUCCCUUUUUAGGUUGAUGGAAAUAGGGCUUAUUGUGAGAAAAAACCUGGGCAACUGAAUAUGCUUGGUUUAAAGGUAAAUAACUGAAAAUCACUUCAUUUGCCCUUUCCAUAGUCUCGCAUCUUCUUAAUAUCAAGAUUGGUCAUUGUUAAAUGUCAGAUGUUGUGGGGUAUCAGGCUCUUGUUUGAGUUACAGGGGGAUUUUAAUAAACUGUUUGAGUUAGUGGGGUUCUACUGUAUUUAACUGAUUGUGAGUGAUGCUUGUCGAAAUCUUUCAGACAUCAUCUGGUGGCAGCUCAGGACAGCAACAGAAUGACACAUCAGUUGACGCAAUGGUAGAAAGACGAAGAAGGCGUGCAGUGGAAAAGACAGAAUCAAGUUCCAAAGUCAAAAGAGAAACUGACCCUAAGAAGCCAGAGAAGCUUCAGUCUGACCUGGUAAAUUUUCUACUAUACAUCUUUGCGUAAUGAUUGCUUUGUGAAGGUCUCCUAAAUAGUUUGGGGUGAAACUGUCAGCAUUUGUUUGAAAGCUAGCAAGUAAAGCAAUAACAUGAAUGCAAUAUGGUGUAAUCACUUUGACUUGGAACAUUUUUUUUUUGGGGGGGGGGGAGGUGCUGUAUGUUAUUACUAUACUCAGAGGGGAAACGUUUUUGCUUAAAAAUAAGAAAUUUAAUUACAUAAGAAUAAUCCUAAAAGGAGGAGAAUAUUCUCUUUGAUUAAUUCAAUAAUAGGUUAAGUAAUGGAAAUUAAGCCAGUGGAUUCUUCCAAUGCUAUAUGAACUCCUUAGAACAGUGGAAGGGAAAGGUUUGAAAAUGACACCUAGCUGAUAUUCUCUCUUGCCUGCUGAUUUUUUAGAACACCAUCUUAGUGUUGCUUCAAUUUUGACUACUUUAACUGAUUCAAAUAUCAAAAUCAACUUUCCUUAUUUAACCAGGAUAAUUAAGCAUUUGAUUUUCCUUUUUUAUAGGACUGCAAGUUAGGAUCUGCAAAGUGUACAAAUAUACAUUGCACUAUCAAAUUUUUGGAAGCUGGUGAUGAUGUGACAUUUACAGUUAUAUCUCGUCUUUGGAAUGGUACCAUGAUAGAGGUAGGCUACAGACAGUUCUUAUGUACUUUGAUGAUGAUUAUAUAUGAUACUACCCUCCACAUUCUAACAUCGGUAUGCACAUUCUCCAUAAUGUUCUCUGUACAUUUCCUAAGAUGCUGAAAAGGAGAAUUUGUGUGACAAUCAAGGGCUUUUUUAGUUGGUGAUCAUUUCCUGUAUUCUUAUGACCUGCCUUAAUGUGAUUCAGGUGUGAUAUUGUAAGGAGAAAUGAGAUGUUAGUCACUGUUAGGGAUCAAAGGGUUAAGAUACAUAUGUUUUGGUCGUCACUGUGUGAAAAUGCUGAGUUUCUGUGCAGUCUUCCAUCUUGUGUUUGGUAAAAAGUGUCAACGCUUAAAUUAUUGAAGACAGUGUGCCUGAUGACCAAAUGACUAUGGUAGUGUGAGGAACCCUACAGUUGUAAUAGCUUGCAGGGUAGUAUCAACACUGAUAACAGAGUAGUUGAGUUGGUAAGUAGGGAGGUAAACAGGGUUGCAUUAUACUUAUUUCAUUUUCUUUCACAGGAUUAUCAAGGUGAAUUGUUAAGAGUAAUAUCCCAUGCAAGUGUAAGAUCAACUAAUACUUUUGUACAAGAAACUAACAAGGAAAACAACAAAGCGCAGGUAAAUUAAACACUGUCUAAAAGUCAGCACACAAGCCUUGUAUUGCUUUUCUUCCUAUAUGAGGUGAUAUUCCACUACUCCCUACCCUCUCCCCUCCCCUCCCCCCCCCAGCAUUUCAUCUGACAGUUUGUUAUCACCCGUUCAUUCCCUGGAGUUAAGCAAAGUGUCAUGCUUAAGGACUUAACAAAAUGAAAAAGCUAGAGCUGGAAGUUUUGGAGUAACCUGAGGUGAUCUUCUGUUUUGUCGCUGCAAUAUUCAGAGUUCCCAUCAUUGCAACAAAAAAUCCAGCCUUUGAACCUAAAAACUUGGAUUAAGUUCACUGUUGAGGUUUUUUUGUUAGUAAGAGUUUUAUGCAUCAUUUUCUGUUGACUGUGACAGGAAUUGUGAUUUUCAGUGGUCAAUAUCACCCUGUUUCAUCAUCAUUCAAUGACUGUCAGCUCAUGGAAUUCACAUACUUGUUAUGUUUCAACCAUCCAGGUUGGUACUCAACUAAACCCAGAUGCCAAUGUUGCAGUUCCUUCAAAGGGUCUCCCCAAAUGGGUUAUACCAGUCUGUGUAGUUAGUGCUGUUCUUCUCUUGGUACUAAUAGUCUUUUGUCUGUACAAGGUAAGUGAGCAGGGCAUAACUGCUUUUCAUAUUUUAAUGAUAAUGAUAGUAAACUUAGUGUGAGAAUACAUGAAAGAGAAAAUUAAAGUUUGUGACACACUGCAUCUUGUAUAUUGCUGUCUCAGCAAGUUGAUGUGACCUUAUUUUCUCUCAGUCUGUGAUCAUAUGUACCUAUUUAAACCAGUUUGAAUUUGGGAAUGUUCCAGUGACAGAGACAAAAACUUUCUCAAAUUUCUCCAUUUUAGAUACAGAAAAGUACUGCUGAACUUUGCCACUUCCUUGAUUCUAAAACCCAGUGUAUAUAAGAUCAACACAGUGGCUGCAAUUGCUAGAACUAGUCAACCCUUUACACCCUAUCAUCAGUAUGCCAUUUUCCACACUGUUCUCUGUACAAUUGAUAAGAUGCUGACAAGGAGAAUGUGUUUAACAAUCAAGAGCUUUUUUAGUUGGUGAUCAUUUCCUUGGUUAUUGCGACCUUAAUGUUUGAUUCAGGGGUGAUAUUUAAGGAGAAAUUAGAAGCUGGUCACUCUUAGGGUUUAAAAGGCAAAAAAAAACCUACUAUUUGGCAACUGGACGAUUACAACAAAUAUGAUUUCUAGGAUAGCUAGACUUCAUGUCAUCUGAUGGUCAGUUCUCAUAUGAAUGCUAUCAGUGAUUCAGUGAUGUUGCGGUCCUUGCAUGCUGGGUUAACCUUUUAAAGUGGUUUUAUAUUCUUUUAAAUUGUAUAUCAAUUACAUUUCAUGCUUUUUUUUUCCUUUUUUUUUUUCAGCUUGGUUUUUUCAAGCGACAAAAGUUUGACAAGAAUAUUACUGACCCAGAAGAAGUUGACAGAAUGUUGGAUAAUGGCAAGGGAUACCAUGCUUAAAUUUGUUACAACAGACAGUAAUCUUCCUAAAGUAGACUAGAUUUGCAAACAAUAUGGACAGAGUUACAGAGGUGCAUGGGUACAACUUGUUUUGCAUUAUUACAGAAUGAGUUGGUUAGACCUCCAGACCAGUGGUGUUCAGCAACAGAAAGCUGUAUCACUCAUUCGGCUGAUGGUUGGGAACAAAUUCUAAGAGGGCCUGAACAUGUGAUCCUCUUUGUGUGCAUCAAGGGCUUGCCAAAAUCAAGUUUUCACUCAGACUGUUUUCUAGACUUAGAUGAUCAUCUAAUUUAUUGUUAUCUUGUUUGAUAACGGUUGUUUAUAAAUCCCUAUUUAAAGUUGGCAGGAGACAAAUUUCUGUCAUUUCAGUUACUAACAAGAACCAACUUUGCUAUAAGCUUAAAAGCACACAUCAGUUUGGACACUGCAUGUAGAAACAUUGAGCUUUUAAGACCUUUGAUGUGUAAAGGUGGUUUUAAGCACAUGCAAGUAUUAUGAUAUCAUAGUGCAAGGUGUUCAUUAAGAAAUGCAGUAUUAGAAAAAGUAUUCUCCACAUCUUGGUAGAAGGGCAUAGAAUCUUUGCUAGAAAAUUCCCUGAUCCCUGAUGGGUAGUAAAUACUAUGUAGUGAAAGCUACAAGAAGAGGCAGAAAUUCCAAGAAGCACAUAGGGCUGACUGAAUAUCAGUUGUGGUCAUAAUGGUGUUAUGACUCCUGGAUCAGCCUCAAACACCUGUGAGAUUCAUUCUUGUAGUAGAUACAAUCAGACAUUGGUUGAGAAGUAGUUAAUAAGAUGUAAAUUUUAACCUUAAAUCACAAGUACUUUUUUUUUAAUACAAAAUUACACUUUUAUUGGUAUAAUUCUUUGAACAUUUGGCUUGUCUUAAACCUUUAACCCAUCCCAACCCAACCUCCAGCUCGACUACUAGCUGAGAAGUUGGGUGAUAAAAGUAAAGACUGACUAAAGGAAACCAAUUUUUGUAUUUUUGUCUUGGCCAUUUUCUUUUCCUGAAUCAUUUGAUUUCUUUGGAUCCUUGAGUAUAAUUGGAGGGCUCAGAGCAAGAACGAUCCCUUGAUUUUUCAGCCAUUUUUGAAAGUGUCCACAUGCCAAAAUUCAACUACUUCUGAACACUUUCAAAAUGGCCAAAAAAUCAAGGGAUCAUUCUUGCUCUGAGCCCUCCAAUUAUCUGUUGGGCUAACCUCUCAGACAUUUUUUUUAGUCUCUUAGUUUUAGAACCUUUCUGUGUGAUUUUCCUUUGGAUGCCAUGUUUGCCCUCGGUGGUACAAGUAGUGUUAUGAAGAUAUGUGCUGCAGUGAUAACUAAUCUGGGGCAAAAUUAUAAAUUGUGUGAAAAUGGGGGAAAGGCAAUUCUUUUUUGAACAGCACCAUAAAUAGAUCAAUAGGUGAACAUAAUCAUUUUAAAUAAAGCAGAUGAAUAUAUAUUCAUUACUGCUUAUAAAGAGAGAAGAUUGUGACCAAUUUGAUUGGUUGCUAUACUUUAUUGCGGUAAUGUUAAUUUUUACUUGAUGCUACUGUAUUUUAUUUUUGACAUUUUUCUAAAGUUGUUUUUUCAUGGCAUUUGUUAAGGGUAGCUAGUUAAUGGGUACAUUUCUUUUGGCAUGGCAUAGAUUUUUGUAUGCUUAUCAUUACAAGGUGUCUAAAGGAGGAUGUUUAUACAAAGAGCUCAUUUUCAUUUUUUAUGCCUUUUGUUUGUCAGAAUAGACAGUAUGAAUGCUAAUUAAUUAUUUGCCUUAUUUUUACUGUAAUUAAAUAGCAUUUUCCUCCAAAGAAGAUGUAUUUUUCACAAGAUAACCAAACCACAUAUUGUUUGUAACUGUUAACAGUGUAUAUACCAGUAUCUUCUGUAUAUCCUCUAAAUUUUUUAUAACAUUUGUUUUAGAGUUUUUUUUUCAGUUUGAAUGAUGAAUCAAAGGAAGGGCAGUACAUGAGAGGUUAUAAUCAAUACCUAACUUUUUUCAAAAGUUAACAUUAAAGAAGCCACACUGUUUCAACCCUGUAACCCCUAAGAUCUGAUAAAGUCACUGCGAUUCUCCUUUCUGGUGACUAUACAGUUUUUUGUAAAAUAACUGUGCCAAUUUGUUGUUGUAUUACCAUAUGAUCCUCUAGAAAACGAAAUGGCAUUUUCUCUUCACUUGUUUGGUGGAUAUGUAUUGAAAUUGAGAUGAGAAGUUACAUAUUUUUCUCUUUCUGAGGUUUAAGGGCUUUGACAAAAACAAAAUGAAAAAUUGUGGGUUCACUGCACAAGAAUGCACUCAUUUGCAUAUUAGUGGUUGCUUAGAUAAGACUUAAAUGCUUUUUAAUGAAAACUCUGAC